AGUAGAACAGCGUAAAAGAUAGUGUUGUUCGUCUUUUCUUUUUGGAUUUAGUUUUUCUUCUUCUCUAGCCCCUAAUUUGUCUUCACUGAAUUACAGCUAGGAGAUUAAUGACAACCAUGACAAGCUCCCUAAGCUUGAAGAACGGACUUUCUCUGUGGUACCCUCACUCUGCUUUACUCAAUCGAAUUCCUCGAUCCUCUACAGUCGCUUUUGCUAACUUCCCAAGAAGCUAUGUCGUUGCUUCAUCCGCUUUCGCCAACGAGAAUCGAGAUUUCGUAAUCGUUGGUGGUGGCAAUGCCGCUGGAUAUGCUGCUCGAUCUUUUGUCGAACAUGGGAUGGCCGACGGGAGGCUCUGUAUUGUCGGUAAAGAGGCUGUUUCACCUUAUGAGCGCCCUGCUUUGACUAAAGGUUAUCUCUUUCCUUUGGAUAAAAAGCCUGCGCGUCUACCCGGCUUUCAUACUUGUGUUGGUUCAGGUGGGGAAAGGCAGACUCCUGUUUGGUAUAAAGAGCAUGGCAUAGAGAUGUUAUAUGAAGAUCCAGUGACAGGUCUUGAUAUCGAAAAACAGACUCUGACUACGUCCUCAGGAAAACUUCUUAAGUAUGGAUCCCUCAUAAUUGCCACUGGAUGUACAGCUGUGAGAUUUCCAGAGAAAAUUGGAGGGAACCUAUCUGGUAUUCACUAUAUUCGUGAUGUUGCUGAUGCUGAUUCACUAAUAGCAUCACUGGAGAGAGCACGGAAGGUUGUUGUUGUUGGCGGUGGUUAUAUUGGUAUGGAAGUAGCUGCUGCAGCUGUUGGUUGGAAACUUGAUACAACGGUCAUAUUUCCAGAUAAUCAUUUAAUGCCAAGAUUGUUUACUCCUUCUCUGGCUCAUGCAUAUGAAGAACUUUACCAACAAAAUGGCGUUAAAUUCUUGAAGGGGGUUCGUACCAAAAACUUUAUAGCUGGUUCUGAUGGACAUGUGACUGCUGUCAAACUUGAAAAUGGAUCAACAAUAGAAGCUGAUACGGUUAUUGUUGGGAUUGGAGCAAAGCCCGCUGUCAGUCCCUUUGAAGCUGUGGGCUUGAAUACCACUGUUGGUGGCAUACAGGUUGAUGGUCAAUUUCGAACAAGUGUACCUGGUGUUUAUGCCAUUGGAGAUGUCGCAGCAUUCCCAUUGAAGAUAUAUGAUCGGAUUGCUCGAGUUGAACAUGUUGAUCAUGCUCGUCGGUCUGCUCAACAUUGUGUGAAUUCAUUAUUAAGUGCAAAAACACACCUAUAUGACUACCUUCCGCACUUCUAUUCAAGAGUUUUUGAGUAUGAAGGCAGUGCAAGAAAAGUGUGCUGGCAGUUCUAUGGAGACAAUGUUGGUGAGACGAUUGAAAUUGGAAACUUUGAUCCAAAGAUUGCUACUUUCUGGCUAGAUUCUGGUAAAUUGAGAGGAAUUCUUCUAGAAAGUGGAACUCCUGAGGAAUUUCAACUCCUGCCUAAACUUGCAAGGAUCCAGCCGCUUGUUGAUGAAGCCAAGCUUCAAAGUGCAUCUUCUGUUGAGCAGGCGCUACAAAUGGCUCAAAGAUCCUAAAGGUUGAAGCUUCAUCAGUGUAGUUAACCAUGACAUAGCUGUAUACUUAAACAGUUAUAUUGUGAGCAAAUUUCUUAUUUUCUUCUGUGCCCUCAAUUUCUUCUAGCUCGUUCCUUCCUCUUGUUAGAGUUUAAUCUCCAGUAAGUUUCAUGUAUAACAGUUUUGAAUAAAUUAGUUGCCAAUUAUCUCUCUUAAGUUU